GAGCGCCUUGCUCUCUGCAUCAGUAUCUCUUCCUACCUCACUUUACCUCAUAAAGUUCAUAAAUCCGAUCUAGAACCUUAACCUACAACUCUCUGCAUAAUUAUUGCUUUUGGGCUGAGAUCUACAGGCACUUUGAAUUUGCUAACGAAUUAUAUAUAUUAACCUAACCUUGAUGUGGUUGGAAAGUGAAUUGAGUAGUUAAUUGUUGGAUCUAGCUGAUCUAGUGCUUUGGUUGGUUGGUUGGUGGGCACAGGGAUAAAAGAUGAAGGUGAUAGAGAAGAUACGGGAAGCAGCAGCGACUGAUUCAAACAGGGUGGUGUUCUCAUUUGAGUUCUUCCCGCCAAAGACUGAAGAUGGGGUGGAUAAUCUAUUUGAGAGAAUGGAGCGCAUGGUGGCUCACAAUCCUUCAUUUUGUGACAUCACUUGGGGUGCUGGAGGGUCAACGGCUGAUCUAACAUUGGAAAUUGCCAACAAGAUGCAGAACAUUAUCUGUGUGGAGACCAUGAUGCACUUAACCUGCACCAACAUGCCUAUUGAGAAGAUUGACCAUGCUCUCCAGACCAUCAAGUCCAAUGGCCUUCAAAAUGUGCUUGCUCUUCGAGGUGAUCCUCCACAUGGUCAGGACAAAUUUGUCCAGGUCGAAGGUGGCUUUGCUUGCGCACGCGACCUGGUGAAACAUAUCAAAGCCAAAUAUGGUGACUAUUUUGGCAUUACAGUCGCUGGUUAUCCAGAGGCGCAUCCAGAUGUUAUAGGAAGUGAUGGGGUGGCUACACUGGAAGGUUAUCAAAAUGAUCUUGCUUACCUGAAGAGCAAGGUUGAUACUGGAGCAGAGCUGAUUGUCACCCAGUUAUUUUAUGAUACGGAUAUAUUCCUCAAAUUUGUGAAUGACUGCCGCCAAAUUGGAAUAACUUGUCCUAUUAUACCUGGAAUUAUGCCCAUCAAUAAUUACAAGGGCUUUCUCCGCAUGACUGGUUUUUGUAAAACAAAGAUACCAGCUGAUAUUAUUGCUGCUUUAGAGCCUAUCAAGGACAAUGAAGAAGCUGUCAAGGCUUAUGGAAUUCACCUGGGAACUGAAAUGUGUAAAAAGAUUUUAGCUCAUGGAAUUAAGACAGUGCAUCUUUAUACACUAAAUAUGGAGAAAUCAGCAUUAGCAAUACUAAUGAACCUUGGCUUAAUUGAAGAGGCCAAAAUUUCUAGGUCCUUACCUUGGCGACGCCCAACAAAUGUCUUCCGUGUUAGAGAAGAUGUCCGUCCAAUCUUUUGGGCAAAUCGUCCAAAAAGCUACAUCUCAAGGACCAUAGGAUGGGAUCAAUACCCACAUGGGCGUUGGGGUGAUUCUUGUAACCCAUCAUAUGGUGCAUUAACUGAUUAUCAGUUUAUGCGGCCACGUUCACGGGACAAGAAGCUUACUGAAGAAUGGGCAGUUCCCUUGCGAAGUGUUGAAGAUAUUUAUGAGAGAUUUAGACUGUAUUGCCUUGGAAAGCUGAGAAGCAAUCCUUGGUCAGAACUUGAUGGUCUUCAGCCAGAGACAAAGAUCAUAAAUGAGCAGUUGGAGAAGAUUAACACCAAGGGAUUCCUCACCAUCAAUAGCCAGCCAGCUGUCAAUGGGGAAAAGUCAGAUUCUCCUACUGUAGGCUGGGGUGGACCUGGUGGGUACGUUUAUCAGAAGGCAUAUGUGGAGUUCUUCUGCUCUAAGGAAAAACUGGAUGCACUUGUUGAUAAAUGCAAGGAUCGAAUGUCUCUAACUUAUAUGGCUGUGAAUAAAGAUGGGAGGUGGAGAUCUAAUGUGAGUCAAAGUGAUGUGAAUGCUGUGACAUGGGGUGUCUUCCCAGCUAAGGAGAUAAUACAACCAACCAUUGUAGAUCCCAUCAGCUUCAAUGUAUGGAAGGAUGAGGCAUUUGAAAUUUGGUCAAGAGGAUGGGCAAGCUUGUACCCUGAGGGUGAUGCAUCCAGGAAAUUGGUUGAAGAGGUGGGGAGCAGCUACUUCUUGGUCAGCUUGGUCGACAAUGAUUACAUCAAUGGUGAUCUUUUUGCUGCCUUUGCAGAUUUCUAAGACGAGCUUCUUGUUAUAUUAGUCCUUUAGCUAUUUAUUUCUAGUGCUUGUCAAGUUCUUUUUCUCUUUUUCUUUUCUUUUCAAUAUGAUGAUUCAGUUUACAUAUAUGAUUCUAAGUUGGAGUGGCAAAUUGAUUGUGUAGACUGUCACAAACAUCUUUUGUCAUUCUUCCGAGUCGCAUGAGUAAUUUGUUGUGUCAAUGAAUCACUUAUACGUUGAGUUGAAGACAAGUUCCUCAUGCCGUUGAAUUUGAUGGUUGUAUCUGACCGAAUUCCUGUUUCUAAAAAUUUAUGAGUGAAAGUAGAAGAUCGAAGUCUUGUCUCUUGUGUCUUGCUUCUAUUUCAUGAGUAAAUACACAAAUUACUCCUUGACAGCAGCACUUAGUUUACUUUUAAUCCUUGUAAGUUGUCUUUUAUAAUAUAGUUCUUUAAUAUGUUAUUU